AUGAGUAUUCCUAUUGUGGUUUAUUUAGAUGACGGGUGGGGAACUGCAGAAAAUUCAGAAAUAUGUGAAAAUAUGGCUUUACAGGUUAAAAGUGAUCUAGAAAAAUCUGGUUUCGUUGUAAAUAAUAAAAAGAGUGUAUGGACACCUGUUCAAAUUAUGGAAUGGCUAGGUUUUAAUUGGAAUUUAAAAGACGGAACUUUAGAAAUACCUGUGAAAAAAUUUGAGAAUUUAAAAAACAUAAUAUCUGCUUUAUUUGAAUGUAAUAUACAUAUCACUUGUAGAAAUUUAGCUAAAGUGUGUGGAAAAAUAAUUUCUAUGUUACCAGCAUUAGGCAGUAUUUGUCAAAUUAUGACAAGACAUUUACAUAUGACUAUUUGUUGUAGAGAUUAUUGGGAUUCUUUUGUAUAUUUCAAUGAAAAUGUUAUUCAAGAACUUAGAUUUUGGUAUUUUUACUGUGAAAAAGUUAGUUUUAGGCAUAUUUCAUAUUUUCAUAGAAUGCCCGAGAGAAUUGUUUUUUCUGAUGCCAGCGAAUAUGCAGGUGCUGGUUAUAUUGUAGGUUCUAAUAAUGUCGCUCAUUUUAUGUGGGAUAAAUCAGAAAAAACGAAGAGUUCAACUUGGAGAGAAUUAAAAGCAGUAAGCAAUAUUUUACAGUCUGUACAUAAUCAAUUGAGUGGAAAACUUGUAAAAAUUUACACCGAUAAUCAGAAUGUGACUAAGAUUAUUAGAAAAGGUAGUAUGAAGUCAGAGCUUCAGGACAUAGCUUUAGAUGUUUUUAAUAUAUGUUUAGAUAACAAUAUUGUAUUAGAAAUUGAAUGGAUCCCGAGAGAUAAAAAUAUUCAAGCUGACGAAUUGAGCAAAAUUUUCGAUUUUGAUGAUUGGGGUGUUUCAGAUAUUAUUUUUAAAUAUUUUGAUAGAUUAUGGGGUCCAUUCAAUUGUGAUUUAUUUGCUGACAGUAGAAAUAAAAAAGUAUCGAGGUUCUUCUCAAAGUUUUUUACACCUGGUACCCCCGGUGUUGAUGCAUUUGCAUAUGACUGGUCAUCUUUAAUAACUGGAUAG